GGAAAGGGGAGUUGUUAGUAGGGGACAAAAUUCGAGGGUGAGGUCAGCUGAACAGUACAAAGGCUGCUGGAUCCGGUGGAGCUAGUAUAGGGCCCAAAGGUGGGAGCUGGCAGCGUUCGGGGGGUACCUGGAGAGUCUGAGACUUAUCCUCAGGUCCUGUGGGUGGGGCAAUGAGUUGGGGCCAGAGCUUCAAGAGCAUGGCUUGGUGAGAGGGCUUCUCUGGAGGAGCCCAGCGUGCUCCAGGUGCCUGCUGGUUUGGGGGUGUCUCCUCCCGGGGCGCCAUGGCGGCGCUGGCCAGUAGCCUUAUCCGGCAGAAGAGGGAGGUCCGCGAGCCCGGGGGCAGCCGGCCGGUGUCAGCCCAGCGGCGCGUGUGUCCCCGCGGUACCAAGUCCCUCUGCCAGAAGCAGCUUCUCAUUCUGCUGUCCAAGGUGCGCCUGUGCGGGGGGCGGCCCGCGCGGCCGGACCGAGGCCUGGAGCCUCAGCUCAAAGGCAUCGUCACCAAACUGUUCUGCCGCCAGGGUUUCUACCUCCAGGCGAAUCCCGACGGGAGCAUCCAGGGCACCCCAGAGGACACCAGCUCCUUCACCCACUUCAACCUGAUCCCUGUGGGGCUCCGUGUGGUCACCAUCCAGAGUGCCAAGCUGGGUCACUACAUGGCCAUGAAUGCUGAGGGGCUGCUCUACAGCUCGCCACAUUUCACAGCCGAGUGUCGCUUUAAGGAGUGUGUUUUUGAGAAUUACUACGUCCUGUAUGCCUCUGCUCUCUACCGCCAGCGUCGUUCUGGCCGGGCCUGGUAUCUAGGCCUGGACAAGGAGGGCCGGGUCAUGAAGGGAAACCGAGUCAAGAAGACCAAGGCAGCUGCCCACUUUGUGCCCAAGCUCCUGGAGGUGGCCAUGUACCGGGAGCCUUCUCUCCACAGUGUCCCUGAAACCUCUCCUUCUAGUCCUCCUGCCCCUUGACAUGUAGUCCUUGGACUGGAGGCUCCCUGCACUCCCUGUGAGCCAGCCACCACCACAGCCCUUCUCCCAGCCCUGCUCCUGGUCCUGCUCUUACCCUUGCUGCCACAUAUGCCCUGAACAGCUGGGUCACCAGGUGCUCUACCCUGAGGGAGCCUAGGGGCUGGCUGGGACUUCCAGGGCUUCUGGGACUCUUAGAUCCUUGAGUCAGAGAGGGUGAUAUCUGAAAAUAGUCCUGGCUGAUCACUCUUUUUCCACGCCAACAUCCCUCUCCAAAGCCUUGUCCUAAGAUGGCACUAGAGGUUCCAAAACUGAUAGAGGUUGGGCAUUUCUUCCUUCUCACUCAGCCUCUUUCUGGAGCCUUGUGCCCCUUUUCAUUGCCACUGAGCCAUAGAUUUAUAGGUCCACUGGAGCUCAGGACCAGUUUCCUUCUUUCCCUGCUCUACCUUCUGCCUUGGUCUUGUCAGAUUCUGAAACACCAAAAACCCAGCGGAGCCACUUCUUUACUAGGGCUCUCUGCUGGACCCCAGGCAUGCUGCCAGGCUGUGUUCUGGAUUCAGCAAGCUUCUGUCCGUGACCCAGGUGGAUCCCUGGCUUCUAAGGAGAGAGAGGCUGGCUUACAGCCCUAUCUAGUAGUCAGCCUUGGCCUGAACUAGGGCCAGUCUCAGAUUACCACUGACCAGUUUUACAGUCUUAUCCCAGAGACCCUCCCUAAUACUAAAGCAUGGUGUUCUAGAUCUUUACGGAGCCAUAAUUUCUCCUGAAUCUCAGCUCUAGGACAUAGACCAUGACCCUCAGGCUGUCUCUCUAGGAUGGAUCUGAGGCCUAUAUAGCCAUAUUAUUGCUCUAGAGUAAGUUUUAGACCCAUACUCUCAUUAUCUCUAAUAAUACCUAUUAAGAAUGAGCUCUGGAAAGGACUUAGCUCUGAUUCACAUAGAACUAAUUAGUUCUAAUUGAAUCAAGAACUACCUUUUGUUUUUCCUAGGGAAUUUUCUAACAAUCUUAUCCUUCUGUAUAGAAUGCUAACCUUAUUUUUAAAUGUAGUUUCUAGCUGCUGCAACCCAGCGGAGAUCCUGUCAGAGUCUGGAGCAGGACAGAGGAAGUUUGGCAGUAUCCCUGACUCAUGAUAGGGAAGCUGGGGGAGGGGGUGAUCGUGGCAUGCUUGAAUCUAUGUUUAGGUUGGGGGACAUGACCACUCAGCUACCUCAGCAGGAGUUCCUUCCAGGCCGCCUUUAAAGCUGAGGACUUUAUGCCAAGUGUGACUGGAAUAAAAGAAAAAAUAGGAGACAUCCUUGUUACUCACCCCAAGUGAGAAUACCCUAAUUCAGCAAUAAGUCCCUCCCCUCUCCCUACUGGUCAGGCCAAGUAGGAUGAGGGCCUGUUGGGCUCAAGACCUCACACAUCUCCACAGCUUCUAACUGAAUAGAACUUGCUUUAUCUUACAGCUUAUAACCUCAGCUGGGUUUUUAGUACACAAAAAGGGCCAGAUUAGGUUAUUUAAAACACACAGCGAGACCUACUAACAGGCCUGGAAAAGGCCUGAAAACCACUAGUGAACUAGGAAGGAGACUCGAAUCCUGCAGACCUGGGUGGGAUAGACUAGGCCCUAAGGGAGAGGUUAGUGUCAAAUAGGUCAUCUCUCCUCAGGCUCUUUUACUUCUGGCUUGUUGCAAAGCAGGUAGAGAUGCCCGCCUCACCGACACAAACCCGCUUGGGCUCCACUCAUUUUCUGGCUCUGCUCCUAGGGGACUGGUUCUCCACUUCAUGCUUUCUCAA